AUGCGAGUCCUUUCGUAUUGCCUUUUGGUCACUUUGAAUCCCGUUGACGAUCCCAUUCACCCUUCACAUGGACCAUCCUCAAAAUUGAGCCUGCCACCACCCACCCCAUUCAGCUCCAGACUGUUCGGUGCAAUCCAAGCCUCGCCCGACGGGGCUCCCAGUACUGGCCAAGAAAGCUCCUACCAGUUCGAGGCUGGCUGGCGCAUGAUCGACAGGUUCGUGAUUAAAAACGGCUGUCUCGACACCGCCCCCACGGGCAUCGUGAAACAACGAUGCACGGAGUAUGGAUCCUGGAGCUUGGGUCAAUUCAAACCCUAUCCAUAUCCGUGA